CCUGCGCCCCUCCUCAGCUCGCCCCGCCCCCCACGCCCCUCCUGCCAAUCACCCUGGCCCCGCCCCCGAGACCCGAGGUGCGGGGUUUGAAAGCGGGCCGGUCCACGCGGCGCUCAGACGGGGGGGGGGAAGGAGGGCGGAGGAAAAGGAACGGCGUGACCGGUGGCGGCGGGGCGGCCUCGCCCGGCCGGUGGUCCCUGCCCGCGGAAGCCGCCGCCGCACCGGCGGGUGAGCCUUCUCCUCCCGCCGCGCGGGGUGUCGGCGCCGGGAGCGGUGGGCGGGCGGUUGGCGGCGGGGGCUUUCCCCCCUCUCCUCCCCCCCCCCCCCCCCCCCCGCCCGGCGCAGUGGGAGGCGCCCGGGAUCCCGCGUCACCCAUUGUUUACAAACCAACCCCAGCGGGCCGAGCUCCAGCUUCAACCGCAGCCGCCGGAGCCGCGUGUGCUCGCGUGCGCGCGGGGCGGCGGCGGCGGCCCCGGUCCCGCUGCGGCACCGGCACGGCACGGCACGGCGGGGGGCCGGCCGACAUGCCCUGCCGCCCGGGCGAGCGCUUCCUGCUGCUGGAGCGCUCGGUCGCCGUCGGGCAAGCGGGUUCCAAGGAGGUGGACGCGCUGGUGGCCAAGCUGGGCGAGGUGCUGCAGCUGAGCGCGCAGCGGGGCCCGCCGCCGCCGCCCCCCCGCGCCCCCAAGCACCUGGGGCCGGGCAGCGCCCGCGACCGCGCCGCCCCCUACUCGCCUCGCUGCAGCGGUAGCGGCGGCGGCGGGGGUCUGCUGGCGCCGCGGGGGCCGGCCCCGCCGCAAGCCCACCCGCAGCACGCCGAGCCCCCGCGGCCGGACAGGAGCGGCCACCAGCGGGUGACCAAGCAGCUGUGCGGCCGGGGCUGGCUGCGGAGCGCCGCCCGCCGGAGGAAGCAACCGCCGCCGGGGCCGGGAGACGGGCCGGCGGAGGAGGAGGACCCCCACCGGCUCCUGCAGCAGCUCAUCCUCUCCGGCAACCUCAUCAAAGAAGCCGUCCGGCGGCUGCAGCUAGCGGCGGCGGCGGCGGCGGCGGCAGCGGCGGCUUCCACGGCCUCCAGCGGCAGCGCCUCGGCGGGGAGCAGCGGCGCGGACGGCGAGGCGGCGGCGGCGGCGGUGCAGCCCUUGCAGUAGCCGGCGGGGAGGAACGGCGGUGGCGGCGGCCGGGUCGGAGGAGCGCGGCUGGGGCGGCGGCGGCGGCUGGCGGCGGCGGGGCCCCCCGCGGGGCGGACUGCGGGAGCGCGGUGCUGGCUCCGCCGCGAUGUAAGUCUCCCCCCGCGGCGGGGCGGCGGCGGCGGCGGGGGACCCCCCCCCCGCCCACCGUUACCGGGCGGGGUCGUUGGGGGGGGCACGCCCCAAGGUCACCCCCGAGCCCCGCCGCUCUCCAACGGCGGAGGCCGUCCCCAGCUGUUGUUGUGGUCCCCCCCCCGCUCCCCUUCUCUGCCUUCUCCAGGAGCUCCUCCUCCUCACCCACCGUCUGUCCCCCCCCCCGCCCCCGCCGGGGUUGCCCGGCCGGGGCCGCGGACCCCCCCACAGCCGGUCCCCCCCGGCCGCCGCGGGGCCGCUCCGCCGCCGGGCUCCCCCUCCCAGGAGCCAUUUGCAAUAAUUCCCCCUGACCCCGGCGGGAGGUGUUUACUUUUCCCUCCCGGGCUGGUUUGGAUUUUUUGUUUGCCUUUUUUUUUUUAAUUAUUAUUUUAACGUUUAUUGUUAUUUUUCCCCGUUGUGACUGUACGAAGCAGUUUUUUUAAAAAAAUGUGAAUAUCAAAGCUGGAAGGCAGCUGGACUUAAAAUAGUAAAGGCUGAUGAGUGAAUGGAGCCUGAGACGCAUUGUUCACAUAAGGUAGCCGAAACAAGUUUGGUUUUGUUUUUCUACCAAAAAAAGAAGAAAAAAGGAAAAAAAAAAAACAACCUAAACCACCCUUCCCCGACAAACUCAAUGGCUCGAAUACAAGGUGCAGCUGUUGAUUUUAAAUAUAUGCACUUCGUACCGGAGUGUUUGAAAUGUGUUCCUGAUUUACAGGACUUGCUGUCUUAAUUAACCUGUCUGUAUUGAAUAAACGUGGUCUUGUUUUUA